AUGGCUGGCCAUGGCUACUUGGCUGCUGGCCUUCUUUCGCUUUUGCCGGGCGUGAUGCUGGCAGCAUACGUUGGAACGAGCAAAGUAUUCCGCAAGGGAAUGUCUCCAAGUGAAGCGUGGUUGUGUUGGAGUGCCAUGUUGGCUUCUAUCUCCUUGCCCCUGACUUGCGGUUUCGUGGGCCGUCACAAACGGAGGUCGUCGCUGCUGGCCGAGUUUGACACCACUAACCUGCUGGAUGCAAGCAGCAGGAGUGACUGGGGCUUUUGGAUUGUGCAGCUCCAUAUGCUCUGGAUCGUCCUGAGCUUUGUCUUCUGGCGACGAAUA